UUUCCCGUGGCCACCAUUUGUCGAAGGCUUUAGAUAUUUCAAAGGAACCGUGGAAGUUCAAUUUCUCUCGAGUAUCCCUCCCGUCUCUCUCUAAAUGACAACCUCCCUCUCCUUUGCUUCCAUCACUCCCCGUCUAAAAUCCCACCACCACCACAGCAUCAUUUUUUCACCAAAUUACAAUGGCAAACUCAACAGAAUUCGAUGCAAUGGAGAACGCCCAACAAGCAAUUCUUCGUCCUCUAAACAAGAAUCCGAACCAGAAAAUGCACUGCUCAAGGUAGCUUGGUAUAGCUCCGAGCUUCUAGGAAUUGCCGCUUCAUUUUUCCGUUCACCUUCCCAUAGUAGCACUGAAUCUUCUGAAAAGGAUAUCAAACUUGGCAAAGAUGUUUCGGGUGUCAUUGAUCGUGCUGUUGUAGUGGAGACCAUCAAAGAGGACUUCCAAAAAUCGUAUUUUGUCACAGGGAGCCUUACGCUUGAGGCAUAUGAAGAGAAUUGUGAAUUUGCCGAUCCAGCUGGUUCCUUUAAAGGACUUCAACGUUUCAAACGGAACUGUACAAAUUUUGGAUUGCUUAUCGAGAAGUCAAAUAUGAAGCUUACGAAGUGGGAAGACUUUGAGGACAAGGGAAUUGGACACUGGCGGUUCAGUUGUGUCAUGUCAUUUCCUUGGAAGCCCAUUCUUUCUGCUACUGGAUACACAGAAUACUACUUCAACGAUCAAUCUGGAAGAGUAUGCAGGCAUGUGGAGCAUUGGAAUGUUCCCAAAAUGGCACUGCUAAAGCAGCUUCUGAAGCCCAGCCAAGGUUUUUGGGGUGGUAGAAAAACAAGUGCUUGAAGAAUUAAUGCAUGACUAGACCUCGUGACUGAUAUGGGUUUCCAGGAGAUGGAUUAAUAAUUAUGGUGUCCCAGAUCAUGCAUUGUUGGGGGUGGAAUGAGCAGGGAUCGCUGUGCAUGAUGGAGAAUCCUAGCAAGAAAAAUAAAGCUUGUUAUGACUUGUACUUUUUUUAGAGUCCAGCCAUGUACAUAGUUACAAGUUACAUGUAAUAACAACUCAAUGAGAAUCAAAGGAAAAGAUCAAGUGGUUAUGGUCA